AUUAAAUUUAUGAGUGAAGAAGAAUCAACUAGUGGAAAAUUCGAUUAUUUAAAAGCUAAAUAUGUAUUUAGAUUUCCAUUUACAAUAACAGCCUUAAAAUGGGGAUUUGGAUUAGGUACUUUUUUUGGGAUUCAUUAAUAUAUAAAAUCUAGAGAUGGGAUGGCAAGUAUGAGAUGGUUUAUUUGGGGAAAUGUUUUAACUACUUUACCAAUUUGGGGAUUUUUUAUGAUGAAAUAUUCAUUUUAUAGUAGUGCAUUAAGAAAAUUUGAAUCAGAAUAAUCAAGAUAAUAUGAAAUUCAAGGAUUAACAAGAGUUUAUUUAGCAAAUAAGAUGGGAAUAGAUCCAGAAAGUAGUGAUGAGGAUCUUUUGAAGUAAUAGAUAAUUUUGAUGUUUUUAGAGAGUAUUAAAAUAAGAGUGAAAAGAUUAAGGAGAAGUAUAAUCUAUUGGAUGAAUUAUUGGUAGGUGUUGACUUUUCUUAAUUUGAAUUUCCAAAAUGAAUUAUUCAAUUUUAUAAUUGUUUAAAAAGCAC